GAUCAACUAAAAAGCUUUUCUCUGUUUAGGUUGUGGAAACAAAGCCAGCAGAAGCAAAAAUGUCUCACAUAGCUGUGGAGAGAAACCGGAGAAGACAGAUGAAUGACCAUCUCAAGGUCUUACGCUCCUUGACCCCUUGUUUCUACAUCAAGAGGGGAGACCAAGCAUCAGUCAUAGGGGGAGUAAUAGAAUUCAUCAAGGAGUUACACCAAGUGCUACAAUCUUUGGAGGCCAAAAAACAAAGGAAGAGCCUAAGCCCUGGCCCUGGUACUCCAAGUCCAAGGCCACUCCAACUAUCUCCUCAAAUUGAUAAUACCCCCCUCGGAAUCGACCUCAAUAAGGAGCUCGGAGGAGCUUGUUGUAACUCUCCGGUUGCAGACGUGGAGGCGAAGAUUUCUGGAUCGAACGUUAACUUGAGGACGAUUUCUCGGAGGAUUCCGGGCCAGGUUGUGAAGAUUAUCAAUGUGUUGGAGAAGUUUUCCUUUGAGAUUCUUCAUUUGAAUAUCAGCAGCAUGGAAGACACUGUUCUUUACUCCUUCGUCAUCAAGAUAGGGUUGGAGUGCCAGCUGAGUGUGGAGGACCUAGCCAUCGAAGUUCAAAAAAGUUUCUGCUCCGACGAGGCUUAUAUCAACAUGUAGAAGAAGCAUAUGGAACUAUAGGUCUAAUAGCACUUAUCUUUACAAUG